AUGAACGCUCCAGAACGAACAGCAUCGUUCCUCUUGGACGAGGACAAUGGGGAAAUGAAGAUUGUGUACACCGCGGACACCAAGAUUGCCAACAGCGGAACCUUCAGAUUCAACAGGGAAGAUCAUACCGUGGCUAACUUGUUCCGAAUGCAGUUGUUGAGAGACAACAGUGUUAGAUUUGCUGGAUACUUUCACCCUCAUCCAUUGUUGAACUACAUUGACUUGAAGAUCCAGACCAACAGCAGUACCGUAGCCCCCAUUGAGGUACUUUCGGCUGCCAUCGAGGAUCUGUCCAAUGAAACGGAUCACUUGAUAUCACAGGUUACCGAUUCCAUUGAGGAAUGGCGCAAGCAAAAUGAUGCUGGGGCUAUUUCUCAGUUCUAG